ACAUAUAAAGCAACUCUCUCUUUCUCUCUCGUUUCUCAAAAAACCUCUGUGUAAACCAUGUCUUCCGUACAGUUCGCUUCUCCUUCUAAGGAAACUCAUGAAGACAACAACAACGAACGCCUCGAUUUGCUUCUUACCAAGGCCAACGCCAUGGAUCCCACGCUCAAUAUGUCUCUCUCAACUGAUACUUGUCUCAAAGCGGCCUUGUCUCUCAAACAACAGGUGGUGGAUGUCACGUGGCGGAGAGGCGGUGCUGAACUGAGUUCGGGUGCGGGUACGGGCAUAGACCCGACGCUUUAUACUGGUCUGUUGGGGACUGGUUUUACCUGCUUCAGGUCGUACGAGAUAACCGGUAACCACAAUGACUUGCGACUGUCCGCUCAGGUUGUUGACACGUGUGCCUCUGUCGUACGUGCCUCUAGCAGGCACGUGACAUUUUUAUGCGGUAGAGGGAAUUUAUGCACUGGUGCAGUGGUGGCUAAUUACAUGGGACCAUCAAAGGCUGACUUCUUCUUGAAUCUCUUUCUUGAGAUAGCCCAGGAGAAGGCUCUCCCAGUUGGACCUGAAGAAGGCGGAUUUGGAAUGUCGUAUGAUCUCAUGUAUGGGCGAGCUGGAUUCUUAUGGGCAGCUUUGUUCAUAAACAAGUAUCUUGGACCAGAGACACUGCCCAAUGAGCUUCUCAUGCCUAUUGUUGAUGCUGUGUUAGCCGGGGGCAGAGCAGGGGCAUCUGACAACACAGCCUGCCCCUUGAUGUACAGAUGGCAUGGUACAAGGUACUGGGGUGCUGCCAAUGGUCUUGCGGGAAUCUUGCAAGUUCUACUUCACUUCCCCCUCUCUGAGGAAGAUGCUGAGGAUGUUAAGGGAACUUUAAGGUAUAUGAUGAGUAAUCGGUUCCCUCAUAGUGGUAAUUACCUGGUAAGCGAGGGAAACCCAAGAGACAAGUUGGUCCAGUGGUCUCAUGGUGCAACUGGCAUAGCCAUCACCCUCUGCAAGGCAUCUCAGGUGUUUCCAAGUGAUAGGGAGUUUCGCAAUGCUGCUAUAGAAGCAGGGGAAGUAGUGUGGAAGAAUGGAUUGGUGAAGAAGGUAGGACUCGCAGAUGGAGCUGCUGGUAAUGCGUAUGCUUUCCUUUCCCUCUAUCGUUUGACAGGAGAGAGCAUAUACGAGGAGAGGGCAAAGGCAUUCGCAAGCUUCUUGUAUCAUAAUGCACAGGAACUACUCACAGCGGACCAUGGGCGUGGUGCUGACCAUGGCUUCUCCCUUUACCAAGGACUUGCUGGUGCAGCAUGCUUCUGGUUUGAUCUGCUUGCACCUGCAAACUCUAGGUUCCCCGGAUAUGAACUUUAG